UUGACGUUGGUGGCAGCCAAUCAAUCAAUUCAUUCCUCUCAAGGUGACCUCUGGGCCUUCCUCUACAGGCCUCUUGUUCACGCUCUCCCUCCUUCUGGGAACACCCUUCUCCUUCCCUUCCACUAAUUUCUCCAUCUUCGAAGUCCUUUGGUUCCCGGGGGUGACUCCCUGGACUCACCUUGAUUCCGUGAGUCUUUCCGGGCGCCGGCGCUGUCUCCGUACCCUCGGCCGCAGCGCCACACCGGACGUCGCUCCCGGCUCCGACGUGGGCACUGGACACCGGGGACGGGCUGCAACCUGUAAGACGGUGGCCGGGGUCUGAAAGGAGAUUUGAGAAAACCAGGGCCACAGAAAUGUCUGGGAAACCCAAACUCCACUAUACCAAUGGCAGAGGCCGAAUGGAAUCGAUUCGCUGGCUCCUGGCUGCGGCCGGUGUAGAGUUUGAUGAAGAAUUUUUGGAAACGAAAGGACAACUUGAUAAAUUAAAACAAGGCUCUCUGCUGUUCCAGCAAGUACCUAUGGUAGAGAUGGAUGGGGUGAAGAUGGUUCAGACAAGAGCCAUUCUUCAGUACAUUGCUGGGAAAUACAAUCUCUAUGGAAAGGACCUACAGGAGAGAUUAUGGAUUGACAUGUAUGUGGGCGGUAUAAUGGAUCUGAUGGAGUUGAUCAUCGUGUAUCCCUUCUUAAAGCCAGAAGAAAAAGGAGACAGAGUGGCUUUAAUUGCUCAGAGAGCCACCACCCGAUAUUUCCCAGUAUUUGAAAAGGUUUUAAAGGACCAUGGACAAGACUUUCUCGUGGGUAACCGGUUGAGUUUGGCAGAUGUGCAACUACUUGAAGCCAUUUUAUUGGUGGAGGAGAAAGUACCCAAUGCACUGACUGAAUUUCCUCUGCUCCAGGGGUUUAAAGCAAGAAUAAGCAAUAUCCCUACAAUUAAGAAAUUUCUGGCUCCUGGCAGCAAGAAGAAGCCUAUACCUGAUAACAACUAUGUGGAAACAGUUUUAUCUAUCUUCUCAAAAUAGUAAAUAAGUACACUAUUAGGUGAAAGAGAGAAAAUUCAUUUUGUUGAUAAACGUACACUAAUUGAUAUGAUAAACAUACACUAAUUGAUAUGAUAAACAUACACUAAUUGAAUUGUA